GUGAAGGUUUGCCGCGCUUUUGUUGUCUGCUAAAAAAAUUCCAAACAUGGUUGAUGUUGGAGAACAAACCCGCGAGGAAUCGCCGACAAAGAAGCUCAAAAUAGACGAACAGUCUACUAUUUACAGCAAGGGAGAAGAUUGUAAGCCAGAAUGGAAAGAUGCAGAAGCAAAUUUCGACGAGAAAAACGAUCAUUUGCAAAUUAUGGGGAAACCGGUAAUGGAGCGAUGGGAGACGCCAUACAUGCACAAACUCGCUUCUAUAGCGGCAUCUAACGGCGGCAGAGUUCUUGAAAUUGGCUUUGGAUUAGCGAUCUCGGCUACCAAGAUACAGAGUUUUCCUAUUGACGAGCAUGUUAUCAUUGAGUGUAACGAUGGAGUUUUCAAGCGACUUGAAAAGUUUGCUGAGAACGCAGCUCACAAAGUCACCCCGAAAAAAGGUCUCUGGGAAGAUGUUGUCCCCACUCUUGAAGAUAACUCCUUUGAUGGCAUCUUGUAUGACACCUACCCCCUGUCUGAAGAGACUUGGCACACACAUCAGUUUGAUUUCAUCAAGAAGUAUGCCCACAAGCUCCUCAAACCAGGGGGGGUUCUCACAUACUGUAAUCUCACCUCUUGGGGAGAACUGAUGAAAAAUAAGUAUGAUGACAUCGAAACGAUGUUUCAGGAAACACAGAUCAGCCAUCUUGUUGAAAGUGGGUUUGCUGUGAAUGAUAUAUCCACUGAAGUCAUGGAUAUAGACUGUGAAGAAGGCUGUAAAUACUACAGCCAUAACAAGAUGAUUGCGCCUACUAUUAAAAAAGCUAAGUAAGGUUUACCGUAGCUAGCAACAUUGGUGGGUUCUUUAGAAGAGCUGUUUACCUAUUUAAUAGGUGGAAUUUAUAUUUCUUUUUAAAAGAAAUUAAGAUUUUUCUAAAUGGUUGAGAGCUUAUUUUUUAACAUGCUUUGUUUGUCUUAAAAGCUUUGACAUUUAUUAUUUGUUGUUAUUUUUUUCAAACCUUUCAAAAACACCUGUGUUUUAUACAAUGUCUCAUGCUGUGUUUUUGUCACAGUUGAAAUAAAAAAACAUUUAUGAGUUGUCCUUGGAGUGUCAGGGGCAGCAGGGGUGAAGAGGCGGGGGGUGGGGUGGGAGGAAGUGUGGUGGUUGUUUCGAGUGGGGCUGGAGAGUGCCACUAAAAAUUAAUAAAAACAGUUUUUAAAAUUUAUAAUAUCGUUUUUUAUUGAGCAAUAUAUUUGAACAUGUAAUACUUUAUUCAUAUUGAGGUAAAGCAUGACGUGUCAAAAAAAGUCACAUCCGUAAAAAAAUGUAUGUUGGGGGUGGGGGGUUGCUUCCCCCUUCCCUUUUUAUGGUGGGGGCAAGCGCCCCUCCCCGUCCGCCGCCCCUGAAUAUGAUUUUACAAAAUUAAUAAAACAGUUAAAAGCAAUCAAAA